GCAAUGCUUAAGGUAGAUGAGCUCCGUCCAGUGAGAUCCAUAAAGGAAGCUCCGCAAAGGCGGUGGCAGAAAGCGGCCGCCCGAUCAUAGUGAUUGUUGGCAGACACCGUUUACAACACUGCCAGUAAUAAUCUCAACUAAUAACAAUAUCCUCACUGGUGCCUUUUCAUUACUCUGUGUGCAACCUAAAUUCCGAUCGCAUAACACCUGACAAAAUGGCCGACCGUUUCCCUUCUCUAGACGAUUUCAACGAAGGCCAAACUGAGGUCGUCGACACCAACGGCGCUGCUGAUAACGACGAUUUUUUGGCCCGUGAACGAGCUGCUCUCGGCGAUGACGCCGACCAAUUCGCUACGCCUAACGAUCGCACUGCAACUGUAGAAGAGGACGAUGACCUCUUGGGCGGUGAACCCGCGCCUCAACAGACUGGAGCGGAAGAGAUCUCAGGUUUUGAAUCGUCAUUUCCUGCAAUUGAAACCGGCAAUGAGGCAGUUGCUCCUGGCGGAACCAUAACUGGGACUGGUUCCCCUUUUCCUGCUACGGGAUAUUCGAGCUACGCACCACCAGAGGAAGAGCCCGAAGUUGUGAAAGAGUGGCGAAGCCGCAGAGAUGCCGAUCUUGCCCGGCGAGCUGAGGCUGCAGCAGAGAAGAAAGCCGCAACGAUAAAGAAAGCCCAAGAAGACAUCGAUGACUUUUACGUAUCUUACGGUAACCGUGCCGACAAGGCUCGCACCCAAACCCGUACCGAAGCUGAACAAUUCCUUGCCAACCGAGAAGACACCUCUGCUGGCGGCACUAGCUGGGAACGUAUUGCUAAAUUGGUCGAUGUCUCUGGUAAAGGUGUGAAAGGCGGUGCUAGUGGAUCUGGAAAAGAACGUUUCCGUGAACUGCUUGUCGACUUGCGAAAGGACUCGAAUGCGCCUGGUGCCUCGGGCGUCUAACUUCAAACUUGAUUCAAGUUAUGUCAUGGCGGGCGUGGACACUAUGUGAAUAUUGCAAUAGAGGGCUGAGUUUACGGAUAUGAACUUCAAAACAAACAUGAUUAUGAUGCAAAAUAAGGGCAUCUGGAAGCCUCUGUCUUUGGAGCUAGCCAAACCGACGAUGUCUCUGCCUUUUAUCAACCCUUUUAUCCCUGCCAGUCUCGUCAUCAUUUUGAUCUUGAAAAGAUCAAUGAUUAUUAUUUCUCUUUGGCGGAUUUGAAGUGCGAGCCCUGGAAAUAAUAAUCACCUUGUAGUCUUAUUUCAUUAUUGGGGGCAUCGGUUGAAUUUAUGAUUUGUUACUUUUUUACCCAUUCUACUUUCUGUUCCAUAUAUCGAUAGCAAUGCAAUGGAGUUUUACAGU